UGAAAUAAAUUGAGUUACAGUUUUGUAGUUCUUAAAUUAAUUCAACUGCAUUGGAUAUCAUAAGCAGUAGUUUAUGUUCCAUAGGUUUAGUAGUAUCUGUUAUGAACAGUACUCACAUUUUUAUACUCGUGUUGCUAUGCGGAACUAUUUGGGCGGUAGAAGAUGGCUCGAACAUGGGCGAGGCUCGGAGGAUUUCACAGGAAGACCCAGCUCCUAGGAGGAUGUUGUUCAAACUGCUCAAGAAAAACGAAACAACUGAGCAACCUCUUGAAAACAUCACUGCUGGAGCACCCCAAUGGAACACAACGCAUAUAUCUCAUGAGGUUGAACAACCACAAGAACAUGCAGCAUCUCAAAAUAUGGAGCACAAAGCACCAAGUAAAUCUGCGGAACCCGUUAAGCUAGAUAAAUUGAAGCAAGAAACUCAAAUCGCACCACAGAAAGAACUUCCAACCAUAGAUUCAGCACCACCAAUAGGCAAAAGUCCAAUAGCACGACCAGUUGGUGACUCGAAACAACAAUACCAAAAUAUACAGUUUGAUCUAGAUCCAACAGUACAUCCAGCACCCUCUGAAGAAAGCAAUUCAUCUAAACCAACUGAGUCUCCUCAGAGAGAACGGCCCUCAGCUAAGUCGGAGGAUCUGCAAAAACGAGGCCCAAUGGAGAAAAAAACGAAAACCUCUUUUCCGCAACAUAAAUUACAACUCUUACAUUCACCCCAACAGCAAAGUACAUCAAAACCUACUAUUCACACAAAGGGAGUGAAUCAAAAUCGAGCUCCAUGGAAAGUUUCUGUAUACUCCGGAGAAAAAGAUACUUAUCCGGGAGGCAAGGAUUUUGGAGGAAGACCAAUUCAACUGGAGGGACAAUCAAAACCUUGGGUAUACCCGGAAGGAAAAGAAAUUUUUGAAAAAGGACCAGUCCACCCUGAGGGACCAUCAAAUCUUUGGGUAUACCCGGAGGGAAAAGAAAUUUUUGGAAAAAGGCCAAUCCACCCGGUGAGCCCAUCAAAACUUUGGCUAUACCCAGAUGCAAAAGCAGAGUUUGGAGAAAAGUUAAUCAAACCAGAGAGACCAUCAAAACUCUGGGUAUACCCGGGAGGAAAAGGUUUUGGAAAGAGGCCAGUUCAACCGAAGGGACAAUCCAAACUUUCGGUUUAUCCGGGAGCAAAAACAGAUUUUGGUAAAAAAACAAUUGCGCCUGAGGAUUCAUCACAACUUUGGAUAUACCCGGAUAGAAAAUAUUUUGGUGAAGGACCUAUCCAACUAGUGAUACCAUCAAAAUCUUUGGUAGACCCGGAAGGGGCAUUAAUUUUUGGAAGAACUCCAAUCUACUCAGAGGGACCAUCAAAACUUUGGGAAUACCCAGAUGCGAAAGCAGAUUUCGGAGAGAAGGCAACCCAUCUUUGGGUAUACCCGGGAGGAAAGAAUUUUGGAAAAAGGCCAAUUCAACCGAACGGACCACCCACAAUUUGGAUUCACCCGGGAUCAAAAACAGAUUUUGGAGAAAAACCAGAGCGUUCACCACAACUUUGGGUGUAUCCGGAUAGAAAAUAUUUUGGUGAAGGACCAUUCCAACUAGAGAAACCAUCAAAACUUUGGCAAUACCUGGGAGGAAAAGAUUUUGGAAAGAGGCCAGCCCAGCCGACGGGAGCUUCCACACUUUGGGCUUACCCGGAAUUUAAAACAGAUUUUGGAGAAAAAACAAUCUCACCAGUGGGUUCAUCACAAGCUUGGGUGGAUAGAAAUGAUUCUGGAAAAGGACCAGUCCAACUAGAGAAACAAUCAAAACCUUUGGUAGAUCCGCAAGAGAAUGAAAUCUUUGGAGAAAGACCAAAACAACCGAAGGGACCAUCCACACUUUGGAUAUAUCCGGGGAAAAACAAAGAUUUUGGUGAAAAACCAAUUGCGCCAGAGAGACCAUUAGGACUUUGGGUAUAUCCAGAAGGAAAAAAGGAUUUUAGACAAAAGCCAAUCCAACUAGAAAAAUCAUCAAAACUUUGGCAAUACCUGGGAGGAAAAGAUUUUGGACAGAGGCCAGCCCAGCCGAAGGGAGUUUUCACACUUUGGGCUUACCCGGAAUUUAAAACAGGUUUUGGAGAAAAAACAAUUUCACCAGUGGGUUCAUCACAAGCUUGGGUAGAUAGGAAUGAUUUUGGAAAAGGACCCACCCAACUAGAGAAACAAUCAAAACCUUUGGUAGACCCGGAGGGAAAAGAAAUUUUUGGAAAAAAACCAAUCCACCCAGAGGGACUAUCAAAACUUUGGGUAUACCCGGGAGGGAAAAUUUUUGAAAAAAGGCCAAUUCAACCGAAGGCACCACCCACACUUUGGGUCUACCGGGGAUCAGAAAUUGAAGGAAAACAUGAUUUUGGAGAAAGACCAAUCCACCAAGAGGGACCAUCUAAGCCUUGGGCAUUUCCGGGAGAAAAACAGCUUGAAGAGAGGCCGAUGCAGCCAGAGGGACCAAGACCAAUCCAACCGGAAGGACCAUCAAUGCUUUGGGCAUACCCGGGAGGUAAACAUUCUGUAGAAAGGCCAGUCCAAAUAGGGGGACUAUCAAAACCUUGGGCAUACCCUGGAGGAAAAUAUUUUGGAGGACUGACGCAACCAGAGCGACUAUCAAAACUUUGGAUAUUCCCUGGAGGAAAAUAUUUUGGAGAAAGACCAAACCAAUCUAAGGAACCUUUAGGACUUUGGAUAUACCCGGGAGGGAAAGGUUAUGAAGAAAGGCCAGAUGAACCAGAAAAUCCUUCCAAAAAAGGUGUGCCAGAAGAUGAAGCAUUAGGUAUACUAAUAGAAAGAAUACUAAAUGGUGAAAUCUCGUCGGAUUCUAGAAGUCGGAUUAUGCGAGCUCUGGGAUGCUAUGUGGCCAUGCCGUUGUCAGGUGGACUUAUAUCAGGCGUAACGAGUUCAGAAGCAACUUCAAAGCCGAGCACACUUUCCGAAAAGUUAAAAGACUAUUAUAAAUUGAAUGCUGCAAAAAGCAAAAGCAAGGAGCAUAGGUAACUUUUAACCAAAGGAUACAUUCAUAUUUCAUAUGAUUUUACUGCUGAUAGAGUGAAUUUGAGCCCACGCAGUCAUCAGUUAAGUCAAAACUAUUGUUACAUCUGCUUGUUGAUAUCUUGUUUUAAUAAUUACCUGCUCAUAGUUUAGUAUCAUUUCCAAAAAUAAGCUUUCUCCAGAAAGUUAAGUACAGCUUUCAGGUUCCAAGCACAAUUUUUUUUUCAGGGGCAAUGGAUAGGCGGAUACUACUGGAUUGUAUGGAUACGCUUUAGUUUGCUGUAAAUAAAU